UCAAUGCCUAUGAGCUCAUCGCAUCCCUCAGUGGGCCUCUCAGUGAGUGCUGAUACAGCCCCGACGUUUCCGCCUACGCCUACGUUGGCCGCCUUACCAAGACGAAGCGCAUUCAGUAACGCGCGCCCCGUUUCUAGGCACCCUGGCCAAUCGCAUGUCCUUCACGGCAAAGCACAUACAAGCCUAGUAAACGCAGAUGCCAAAAAUGGGACGAGGCGCCAGGGAUAUGCAUUCCAGAUCGCCCUGAGGCGCAACCGGUGAAGAGAGAAUCCGAUCCAUAAAGCUGCUCCAGCAUCCACAUUGUGUGCAGUUAUUCGCAUCGCAUUUUCCAGGUUCCACGCGUUAAUCUCUUUCACACCACGUCAAAAACAGUAUCUGCUUUCGAAAUGCGUAUUCCACUUACCUUCACUGCGACGACAUCUCCGCGCCUUCGUGCGCUACAAUACGCCCAGCUUGCUAUUGCAAGUCUUGUCGUCCUCGCCUCCUUCAUCACACUCGUUCUCCCAGACCGCCACAAACUAUUCACUUUCAGUCUCCUCUACACGCCCCUCCUCACCUCUAUCACCACUGUCUUCUUCAUCACCCGCGAACAGAAGCGCGCAGAAGCUGGCACUCUGUCCAAACAGAAAUAUGCCAAGUACCAAAUGCUCAAGAUGGCGUCUGCCUUCGGCAUGUCGAUUGUAGGCUUCAUCGGAUACGUUUCUAGUGCGCCUGCGGCGGCAGACCAGGAUAGACAGAGGCCUGGGGAACAGGGCAUGUGGAUGAACGGCGUCAAGAUCGGAACAUGGCAGGGCAUGCUACUGUGGCUUAACUUCUUCAACUGGGUCUUCCUCUGGGCUAGUUUGUUCUACUCGUGCUGCAUGACGGGUAACAAGCGGGGUGCUAUUGCCCUUACCGGCGAUGAGGCAGAAAUCACCCUGGACGUGGAUACAAUCAGUGAUGAGGAGAUUGCUCGCAUCCAAACUCAGGACCGCAACGAGCAGGUAUAAUGAAGGUUUAUUGGAAAGGCAUUCGUGGCGUCGUGUCGACGACAUUUGCCAAAGCUCAUCCAGCUUCUUUGUAUCUCCAGGUAAAGUAUAAACUCGAGUCACUCAAGUAGCCUACAUUGUCAAAUAGUAUUAGGAUUUCGUAUCAAUCUCAUCAAACUACACAAUGCUAUUUCGAGUAAGCACAGGCAUACAAUAUAC